UCCUUGCAUCAGAACAACCCCCCGAUACCGGAAAGCCUUCCAUUCACGUCUCAACGCCGCACGUACCAAAAGGGGUAUGAAACCCAAAACGAUAAAAGACGCAUCUCCAGGUCGAUGCUGAAUCAGUGUGUUUUGUUCGGUGCUAGUGGGCGAAGAAGUUUACUGUGUACUAUAAUUUCUCGCCUUUUUUCCGCCGAUUUAGAUUAAACGGAUUCGUGCGAAGUGGUUCGGAGCUUGUGUUUGUUGAUAAGAGAAAACCAACUAUAAACAAGGUAGACACGAUGGAGGUGAAGCUGACUCUGCUGGUUGUUAGUUUGCUCGUUUCGGCUGUAGUUGGACAGCUUGAGGUUCAAAAGUGCAAGAAAGGAGCCAUCCCGAACAAGCUGGAAAUCGAGGGCUGCACCAAGGCUCCGUGCCAGAUCGUCAACGGACAGAACUUGCGCUUCAAAGCCGAGUUCACCAAUCCCAAGGCCACCAAAACUCUGACCGCCAAGGUGAUUGCCCGGGUCGCCGGAUUAAUCAUCCCGUACGAGCUGCCGGCGGAGCACCGUGAUGGGUGCAAGAAGCUGACCAAUGCCAAGUGUCCCCUAGCCGACAACCAGAGCGUAGAAGCAGCCGGCGAUGUUCCCGUUGAUUCUCCGAUUUCCAACGUCAAGGCCAACAUCGAAUUCCAGCUGCAUGCGGAUUCGGGCAUUGCCGUGUGCUUCAAGAUCGAUGCCAAAAUUGUGAAGUAGUAAUAUAAAAGGCCUUGCCUUUUGGUGAGAAGGAAA